GGGUUGGGCGCCGCCCGCCACGGUGGACAGCCUGGCUGCUGCUGCGUCAGGGGAGUCUGGGAACUCCGGCUCCAGUCUGCGCGAGGAGCGCGGAGCAAACAGAACCAAAUCCACACAAUAACCAAAUACCACCUGAAUAAUGAACGGGCAGCCGCCACCUGCCUUCGAGGACAAGAAGCCUACCCUCCCCGCGGCCGCUGGGGGCUCCAAGGACCCUCUGACUCUGCCGGAGUCCUCCAACACUGACCCGGCCUUCUACAGCGCGCUCCAUGGCGCGCAGGACUUUUACGCAGCGCAGCAGCCGUACCCGGCUCAGCACAUGAACCCGUACGGGUACCACCACUACGGUCUGAACGGGAUUGGCCCCGGUGGCCCCUACAAGGCAGACUACCCCUAUCCGCAUGGUGCGUUCAGGGAGCACGGAGCUUUCAGCAGAGAGGUGCAGACAGCGCUGCAGGAGAGCGUGAAAGAGGAACCGGACCUGGAGGUUCGGUUGGUCAACGGGAAGCCUAAGAAGGUGCGUAAACCCCGGACCAUCUACUCCAGCUACCAGCUGGCGGUCCUGCAGAGGAGGUUCCAGACGGCCCAGUACCUGGCCCUGCCGGAGCGGGCCGAGCUGGCUGCGCAGCUGGGCCUCACGCAGACGCAGGUGAAAAUUUGGUUUCAGAACCGUCGCUCCAAGUUCAAGAAGCUYUACAAGAAUGGAGAGUUUCCACUGGGGGAAAUAGCCGGUGAAGACAGUCCAGAUGCCAGUGAUUCUAUGGCCUGCAACUCCCCCCCGUCUCCAGCUGUCUGGGAAAACAACACAAACAACAACAACAUCAGCAGCAUCAGCAACACAAACAGCAGCAAUAAGAAUAAUGCAAUACUGGAUCCUGCCAGCAGGGAACAGGGCCUCUAUCAGCCUCCGGUCAGCUCCUCUCCUGCUUACAUGGAUGAGUUUACGCACCAGAACUGGUACCAUCAGCAGCAUUUAGGCUUACCACAGUCAGACCAGAUGCACCACGCAGCAGCACCAUCAGACGCUCAGAGCAUGCGGGCCAUCUAUUGAUCCAGGAAAGUCCACUCUCAUAAAAAAAAAUUAUAUUUUUUUUGGAUUGAGCCCUGAGCCAAAGCACAGAAAGGAUUUUGGCUGUACUGUGACCAAAACACAAACACAAAGUGUAGAAACUAAAACCUGGACUGAUCCGAAGUGUCUCUGUUUCCACUGUUCCAAGCUGAACUGCUUGUGGAGAUUACGUGAAUUAAAUAGCUUCUCAGUGCUGAGAUGGAUUUAUGAUUAUAGACAAUAUUUUUUGUAUAUUUUUACUGUUUGAAAGUUUUCUUAUUUAUGCUUUAAAGUUAUUUCAAUUAUUCCCACAAACUUUAUUCUGGAAAAAGCCUUUAAUCCUGAUUUUCUUUUUCUACUCAAGUAAAAUACUACUGAAAGUC